UGUGUGGCAAUAUCACGUCCUAUCUGGUUGUGACAAUGGCUCUGGACAGACUUCUGAUACUGUUUUGCCCGAUUCAGCACCACAUCUACUCGAGCAAGGCUAAACUGAACAAAGUAGUUAUUGGUAUUGUUGUUGGGGCUAUUUCGUAUGGUCUACCUGCGUUGUAUUUCCUAAAGGUUGAUUCGAACAGCAGCACGUGUACGUUCCUCGAAUCGACGAGGUUUCAACUAAUCCAAGUUGUAUAUCGGUUCAUAGGUAGUUUUGUGUUGUUCCUCGGGAUUCCGAUGAGCUUUCUUUUCGUUGCAAACAUUCUGUUCGUCAUCUCGCUCUGCAAACAAAAGAAGCCUGGGAAUGACAUUCAGACAGAUAACAUAAGCGCAGUACCUCAAACUUCCCGAACGGGGACUUCUAUAACCAGUUUACCGCAAGAUACAAACGAAGCAAGAAGGUUACCAGCUCCAGCAGAGAUACGCGCCAAAAAAGGGCCCAGUCCAGCCCAGAUACGGGCGAAAAAGAAAGCGGAUUCGGAACGUAGAUACGUUGGCAUGCUAGUCGCUCUCACACUCUCAUAUCUCCUGUUCCACGCCACGAUUUCAUUCAUGUUUUGGGUGCUCACCAGGGCGCGAUCGAAUCAAGACUCGAAUGGGGACUACGAAAACGAUGGACACGAUGGGAAGAGGAAAGUUGAAAAUGAACGAGAGAAAUUCUUUCUGAAGGUGAACUGGCUUCUGCUGCUGAUGAGACACUCGUUCAAUCUUUUGUUCUACCUUAUGAGUGGACGCAUGUUCGCAAGUGCUGUUCAAAAGGCCGCACACAGGGCUAAGAGAGGUUUAAUUUGUAUGGCUGAUUGAGGCCAUCAUGCGCCCAGAUAAUGAUUGGCACCUUUGUUGAUUGACGAGCACUCAGAUCAGAACAAUCACCCUCGAUCACUUAAUGUGAAAAAAAAAUCUAACUAGGACGAUCUUAGAUUGCAAAAAAUGAGAAGUCAUAAAAUAUUUCUAAAUUCAGACCAUGUAAAUCAAAAAUAGAAGCAUUUCAAACCCAUUUAAUAAAAUCAGUCCGUCAAUUUAGACCACAG